GAAUUUUAUUUCUUUUCAUUCGUCUAAAAUUAUAUUUUAAUCUGUAUUCUUGACAGGACUUAGUUACAAUAUAUAUUAUGGAACUAUCAACUGUAUAUUAUAAUCGCGCUGAAUAUAUUGAAACUGAUACUGGUAACAAAGUAAGCAGAAAGUCAGUUAUUUGUGGUAGUCAGAACAUUAUUCUUGGUGGCAAGACAAUUAUACAAACAGAUUGUGUGAUCCGUGGUGAUUUGAGAAGAACAGGUGGUGGACAUGCUGUUGUGAUUGCUAUUGGGCGUUACUGUUUAUUAUCUCAAAAAUCCAUUAUUCGACCUCCAUACAAGACAUAUAAAGGAAUAUUCAGUUAUUAUCCUAUGAAGAUUGGAGAUCACGUUACUAUUGGUGAAGGAAGUAUUAUUGAAGCUGCUACUAUUGGAUCUCAUGUUAGUAUUGGGAAGAAUUGUAUCAUUGGACGAUUUGCCAUCAUCAAGGAUUGUUGUUGUAUUACUGAUAAUACUGUGAUUGCUCCUAAUACUGUUGUACCUUCCUUUUCAGUUUAUUCAGGAUCACCUGGUACUUAUCAAGAUGAAUUACCAGAAUGUACUCAAGAAUUAUAUGAAAAUAAGAGCAAAGAUUAUUAUGCCAAAUUCACUCCCAUAGACUAAAUUAACCUAAUUAUACCCGUUUCUUCUUGACUUUUUAUUAUUAUUUACUUUACUUUUUUUUUUUAUGAAUAAAUAUUAUUCUCU